UCAGUCUAUAGUUAUACCCUAUAUAAUUGGGCUGAUUUGAUCAAAUUUCAGUGUGAACGCCACCUGUGUGGUGAUUUCUCUCUAUGAAAUUUUUUUGAAAUGCUCUUUUCUCAAGUGAAUUUUUUUUUUAUUUUGUCGAUAAAAAUGCUGCUUGUUAAGUCAUGUAUCCUAUGUUGUACCGAGAUGGAUACGGGUACGGAAGCGGGGGACGAAACGGCAAAACUAAAAAUUAUGAGUAGCAUAUAUGUUAUUGAUAUAAUAAAAAUAAAAAAUUUAUAAACCAAAAAUACUAGUAAAAAGGUUAUAAGUUCAAAAUCUAGUUAAAACUUGUAUUUUUUAUUUUUAUUUGGAAGAAAAGUAAGUGAAUAAGCUUAGGAAAGGAUAAUGUUAAAGCAAAUCUGUUUUGAAACAUUCCAUAAUUAAUGGUUGCCGUCCCCAAAGUGUCCCCCCGUGCCGUCCCGGAAACGUCUCCUGUACGGAUACGUCCAUCAAUUUGAGGUCACCGUCGUUCUAAGAUGGUUUGUUUGCUGUCUUGCCUGAACUGGUGAUAGAUUGCAAAUAUGGUUGUUCUGUGUUUAUGUUUAUGCCGAUUAUCUGAAACUAGUACAUCAAAGUUUAUUUUUAUUUUUUGAGCGUGUCCUUGAAGAUGGUUGUAGCGAAAUUACAGAACGGGAGAGUGAUGUUUGUAAAUUGCAUUCAGGUCUUCAUGGUCCCUACCUGUGUUUGAGCUGUAAAGCAAGUUGUAUUUUGUUUUACAGCAGAUAACUAACACCUUUGCAUUAUUUUCCCACUAUGGGUGGUUGAACUUUAAUAUACGGCUGUGUGUUCUUAUCUACUCAUUCUGCUUGUAAUUAAUUGUCACUCACUUUGGGCUCAGCUUCUGAUUUUUUUUUCUCUCUUUGCUGCAAUGGGAGGUUUAUUCUCGAUCUCCAUGCCAUGUGACCAAGUGGUGAAUCAAGUGUCUCGAUGUCUUUGCACUCAUGAGAGUUAUAUAUACAGCCUUUCAGAGAAUCUAGCUGCUCUGCAGAAAGACAUAGAAGUGCUCAAGGCGAAGCGAGAUGAUGUGCAAAGAAAGGUUUGCAGAGAAGAGUUUACAGGGCGUCGUGAGAGGCUUUCUCAAGUCCAGGUUGUGUCUUUGUGGGCUCUGCUCUAGAAAUAUGAAGAUGAGCUAUAUUUAUGGGAAGAGGGUUGUUCGGAUGCUGAAGGAGGUUGAGAGUCUCAAUUCUCAAGGAGAAUUUUCUGUGGUGACUGAGACAACUUCUGUAGCUAAGGUGGAUGAGAUGCCUGUUCAACCCACCAUUGUUGGUCAAGAAACAAUGGUUGAAAGGGUAUGGACUCGUCUCAUGGAAGAAGGAGUCGAGGUUGUGGGUAUGUAUGGCAUGGGUGGAGUAGGCAAAACCACCCUUCUCACACAAAUCAACAACAAGUUUACCGAAACAUGCGGAGGAGGAGGAGGAUUCGAGGUUGUGAUAUGGGUUGUGGUGUCUAAAAGUCCAGAGAUCCGUAGGAUUCAAGGAGACAUUGCCAAAAAGCUAGGCCUUGAAGGAGAGGAGUGGGGCCAAAAAAAUGAAAACCAGAGGGCCCUUGAGAUACACAAUGUCCUCAAGAGGAGAAAGUUUGUGUUGUUGCUGGAUGAUAUAUGGGAGAAAGUGAAUUUGAAAGCGGUUGGAGUCCCACAUCCAAGCAGACAAAAUGGAUGCAAAGUAGCUUUUACUACUCGUUCGAGAGAUGUGUGUGGGCGUAUGGGGGCUGAUGACCCUAUCAAAGUCAGUUGUCUAGAACCAGAAGAUGCUUGGGAUUUGUUUAAAAAAGUUGGAGAAAACACAUUGAAAGGCCAUCCAGACAUCCCUCAUCUCGCAAGAAAGCUCGCUGGAAAAUGCUGUGGUCUACCAUUAGCACUUAAUGUCAUUGGCGAGACCAUGGCAUGCAAAAUGACGGUACAAGAAUGGCGUACUGCUAUUAACCACUUGAGUUCAUAUGCUGCAGAGUUUUCUGGCAUGGAAGAUGAGAUUCUCCCGAUCCUCAAGUAUAGCUAUGAUAAUUUAAACACGGAGCAGGUGAAAUCAUGCUUCCUGUAUUCUUCUUUGUUCCCUGAAGAUCACCGUAUGGAAAAAGAGAGGUUGAUAGACUACUGGAUGUGUGAGGGGUUCCUAGAUGAGAACCAAAGUAGAGAAAGAGCAUUAAGCCUAGGCUAUAAGAUCAUUGGUACACUUGUACGUGCAUGUUUGUUGUUGGAGGAAGUUAUCAAUAAAGAACAAGUGAAAAUGCAUGAUGUGGUUCGGGAGAUGGAUCUAUGGACAGCAUCUGAUCUUGGGAAGGAUAAAGAAAAAUGUAUUGUGCAAGCCAGAGGCGGGUUAUGCGAGAUACCAAGAAUCAAGAACUGGAGUGCUGUGGUAAGGAUGUCUCUCAUGGAAAAUGAGAUUGAGAUGGUCUCUGGCAUCUCUGAGUGCUCCAAACUUACAACUCUCUUCCUUCAGAAAAAUGAUUCACUGAUACAUAUCUCACCUGAUUUCCUCCGGUGUAUCCCUAUGCUCGCUGUCUUGGAUCUGGCCGGGAACUCAAGUCUCCGGACACUGCCUGAACAAAUAUCAGAGUUGGUCUCCUUGCGAUAUCUUGACUUGUCAUGGACAUGCAUCAGGCGGCUACCUCUUGGUUUGCUAGAGUUGAAAAAGCUCAUACAUUUGAGGUUGGAUUACAUGAAGAGACUUAAGAGUGUUUCAGGAAUAUCAAAUUUGUUGAGUUUGAGGAAACUGCAACUACUACAGUCUAAAAUGUCGCUAGACAUGAGCUUAGUGGAGGAGUUGCAACUCUUGGAACAUUUACAAGUUCUCAACAUAAGUAUCAAGUCAAGUUUGGUUGUGGAGAAGUUGUUAUAUGCUCCCAGGUUGGUGAAAUGCCUUCAAGUUGUAGUACUUAGAGAGCUUGAGGAAGAAUCACACAGAGUAUUGGCUUUCCCAGGUAUGGAUAGUCUCCGUAAAGUCAUCAUAAGGAAGUGUGAAAUGUGGGAGAUAAAGGCAGAGAGGAAGACUUUAUCAUUAACUCAAGGCUUCCCAAACCUCUCUAGUGUGCAUAUAAGCAGCUGCAAUGGUCUGAAGGAUUUAACGUGGCUUUUGUUCGCUCCAAACAUCACUAGCCUUGAGGUUCUUGAAUCAGGACUAUUAGAAGCAAUAAUAAGCCAGGAGAAAGCUACGAGUGUUGCCCUUCCUUUCCAGAAACUGGAGAGUCUGCGCUUACACAAUUUAGCAACGUUGAAGAACAUCUAUUGGGGACCUUUGCCUUUUCCAUGUCUAAAGACAAUCCACAUAACAGAGUGUCCAGAGCUGAGAAAGCUCCCAUUGGAUUCUCAAAGUGUCUCCAGGGUUGAAGAGUUUGCUAUUAAAUACAAAGAGGAAGACUGGUUUGAAAGAGUCGAAUGGGAUGAUGAAGGCACUAAACUCCGUUUCUUACCUUUCUUCAAGUUCUUUGGACCUGAAUGGCAAGUUACCUAUGUGCGGUAACAACUUUAAGAGUUGUCUGAGUUGAAGCAAUACAAUGAUUUCAAUGACAAGGGAGAAGAUAGUCAUUACUUUUUAACAGUCUUGGUAAGAUCGAUUUCGAAGGAACAGAGUUUGUGAUCCCAUAUGCUUCAAUUUCAUAAACGCUCAACACAAACAAUACAGUUAAAUUGGAUUUUGUAAACUGAAUAAUAAAUGAUUUAAUUUAUAAAACGCUCUUUUAGACUUAUUGUAUACUCUUUGAUCAAAAUAUAUAAAUGAAAUAUUUUUAUUUUACU